CUGACCUGGAGCUCCGGUUGGUCACAUGACUGCUUCCGUUUCCUUCGGUUUGAGGGUGAUCGACUUCUGCCAGUUCGCUUAAUGGGUCCUGUCCAGAGAGAAAAGGGUGCAUUAGUUCCAGAGUGAGUUGCCCCUUCCUCCACUCUGUAAAGUAAACAGCUGCUGGCAACCUGGAGGAAAAUGCCAACCAAUAAAUCUGUGUCCGAGGCGCCUAUCACUCAGUUCAUCAACUGUAGGCUACUGAGAGAGCACAAGCUGCAGAGAGAGGACUUGUGGGUUCGUGAAGGAAAGAUUCUAGACCCAGAAAAGCUGUUCUUUGAUGAGAAGGGUUAUGCUGACAUGCGUGUGGACUGUGGAGGCUGCAUCCUCGCCCCCGGCUUUAUCGAUGUCCAGAUCAACGGAGGAUACGGCAUUGACUUCUCUCAAGCCUCUGAGGAUGUUAGUGGUGGAGUCUCCUUUGUGGCCAAGAAAAUCCUGGAACAUGGUGUAACCUCUUUCUGUCCCACCCUGGUCACCUCUCCUCUUGCCAUCUACCACAAGGUCCUACCUGAGGUCAAAAUUUGCAAUGGAGGAGCACAUGGAGCAGGAGUUCUGGGCUGUCAUCUGGAGGGUCCCUUCAUCAGUCUGGAGAAGAAAGGAGCCCACCCAGAGCGGUAUCUGCGGGCCUUCCAGUCAGGAAGGGCAGAUGACCUGUUGGAAGUCUAUGGCAGCCUGGACAACGUGGCCUUGGUGACGUUGGCGCCAGAACUUGCCAAGAGUCAGUCGGUGGUGCGCGAGCUUUGCCAGAGGGGAAUCACCGUGUCUCUGGGUCACUCGGUGGCCAACCUGUCUCAAGCUGAGGAGGCCGUUCAACUUGGAGCCUCCUUCAUCACCCACCUCUUCAACGCCAUGCUGCCUUUCCACCAUCGUGACCCGGGUAUAGUGGGUCUGCUGACCAGUGACCAGAUCCCUGCUGGCAGGACGGUGUACUACGGCAUGAUUGCCGACGGCAUCCACACCAACCCCGCCGCCUUGCGCAUCGCCCACAGAGCACAUCCCUCAGGUUUGGUUUUGGUGACAGACGCCAUCACGGCUAUGGGCCUUCCUCCCGGUCGACACACCCUCGGCCAGCAGGACAUCGAGAUCCAGGGCCUCCACGCUUACGUCGCAGGCACCAAGACUCUCAGUGGCAGUAUAGCCACAAUGGAUAUGUGUGUAAGACAUUUCAAACACACUUCUGGGUGCAGUAUAGAGGAAGCCCUGGAAGCUGCUUCGCUCCACCCUGCUCAGCUCCUGGGCAUCGCCCCUCAGAAAGGAGCCCUCGACUUCGGCUCCGAUGCAGACCUUGUUUUGCUUGAUGAUGCCCUGAAUAUCAAAUCCACUUAUAUAUCCGGGGAGGAGGUUUGGCGAAAAUGAACUUUGGUGGAGGCUUUGCAGACGACACAAGAACCAGGAUCCUCCGUCACUUCCGGCUGUGACAUUUCCCACAGAACAGCCACAGCUACGAGAAACAGCCUUCAACUGAAACGUUUAUAUAAAUGCACUUUCUCCCGGAUGUGAAUAAGCCAAACAUGUUUUGUUAAUUGCAAAGGCAUUCGUGUUUGAUUACGUUUUCUCUGCUCCAAUGUUGUCUGUUCAGACCACCUUGUCUGAGAUCGACCGGACCAAACUGGAGGUCUGCUUUUAUGCUGCGAGUGAAAUUUUCAUAUUGCACAAGAAGAAGCAUUAAAGUGAUUGCUGGGAUUUAUUUCCAUGCCAAACAACGUAUGUUUUUAAUCAAGCAUUAAGAUGUGAGUUAAAGGGGGAGUGUUUUCUUAUUAAAAUAAGCAGACUCAUUUAGCAAAUCACCGGUAUCAUUGUGC